AUGUCAGAUUCAGAAGAAAAACCACCGGAAGAAACAGAAGAAGAUGGAGAAACAGAAAUGGAAGAAGAUGAUGCAAAUUACCCAAAGAUAGAGGAAGAUGAAGAAGAAGAGUAUGAUCCAAAUUCCCAAAGGCUAGAAGGAGGAGGGGAAGAAAAUGGAGAUUACCAGAAGAUAGAAGAUGAGGGAGAAGAUCAUCCAUAUUACCCAAAGACAGGAGAAGAUGAAGAUGAUGAUGAAGAUGGAGGAGAGGAACAUCCGGAUCACCAAAAGGUGACAGAUGAGCAGCAGGAAUCAGAAGAGGACACAGUAGCAGGGGAGGGGUUGCAGGAGGAAGAGGCAGCUCUCGCAGAGGAAAUGGAGGCACAGGCUGGAGAGGGACAGGAGGAGGAGUGGCCAGGGGAGCAGGAGGAAGCCAUCCCGGUGCCCCAAGAAAAAAAGCACAGAGGUAGCAGGUCAGAGCACGCGUUAGAACCGGAGGCUUCCGAAACACUCGAGCUUGCGCCGUCCGAAUUUCCCGAUUUGGACCAGGAAGGUUCUGAGGAGCCACAGCCGUCAGGAGCGCCUGCAGAGGAAAGGGGCCAGCCUCCGGGAGAUGACUGGAGGCGAGGAAAGGGAGUAGCUGACUCGAAACUCUCCCAGGAGUCCCUGGUGGCCAGCAGCACAGAAGAGGCUUUGUUCCAAACGGACGACAGCGCCAAAGUGUUCCCCCUGACCAUGACUUGGACAUUUGGAUGGAACAGUUCCCUUCCUGUCUUCAGUAUUCGAGAUGAAAACCAGAGAGUUCUUCUCUAUGUGUGUGCGCACACCGCCGUCAUCUAUGACGUUUUCAAGAACAGUCAGCACCACCUUCAGGGCCACGCCAAUGUCAUCUCCUGCCUCUGCGUCAGUGAAGACAGGCGGUGGAUUGCCACAGCCGACAAAGGGCCCGACUGCCUGAUAAUUAUAUGGGACUCCUUCACAGGAAUCCCUGUGCACACGAUAUUUGACAGCUGCCCAGAAGGCAAUGGCAUCAAGGUGAUAGCCAUCACCCGCGACGCCAAGUAUCUGGCAACCAUCUCAGAUGGUAAAGUCCAGAAAAUUUGCAUCUGGAAGUGGACCUUAGCUGUGGAGACGCCGGCAUGCUCUCUGAACCUUAACAGCGAGUAUGGUUUUCAGAACUACCUUACUUUUAAUCCAACAAAUAAUAAAGAAUUGGUGAGCAGUAGUAGAACACGGGCCAUAUAUUAUUCAUGGUGUGAAGAGAAAAAUACACUUGUUCACAGUGCCCCACUUUUAACAGAAAAAACGUUCAACAAGCUCGUGGGCAAGUUCAGCCAGUCAGUGUUUCACCCGAAACACACACAACUGCUGUCGGCAACGACGGAAGGGAAGCUGGUGGUCUGGGACAUCCACCGCCCCCCGCUGGCCGCCACCAGCUCUCUGGACUUCCCCUAUAUCAAGCCCUGUAAACUGGUGCAUCUGCAGAAGGAGGCCAUCACGGUGCUCACGACAGUUGAUAGCUACAUUGUCACCGGUGACAUUAAGGGGAACAUUAAGUUCUACGAUGGCACCCUGUCCAUUGUCAACUGGUUUAGCCACUUCAGACUGAGCCCCAUUCGGACCCUGUCCUUUUCGAAGACCUCGCCACCUCCUCCUACAGAAAAAUCAAACUACCCACCAGACUGCACUUUGAAAGGCGACUUUUUCAUCGUGAGAAACUUCAUCAUCGCAACGUCUGACGCCACGGUGUAUCACCUAACGGCAGACGGGACCAAGCUGGAGAAGUUGUUUGUGGAGCCCAAGGAUGCCAUCUGUGCGGUCGCCUGCCACCCAUACCAGCCCCUACUCGCCAUUGGGAGCUUCUGCGGGAUGGUCAAAGUGUGGGACUACGAGAGUAAGACCUACCUUUUCAGCAGAGUCUUUGAGAAGGGCCUUGGGGUCCAGAGUCUGACCUACAACCCAGAAGGAGCCAUCCUUGGAGCCGGCUUCACUGAGGGGACGGUUUACAUCCUUGACGCCAUGUCCUUAGAAAGUGAGAGCACGGAGCCGUUCAGAUAUUCCCGAAGCAGCGUGACCCACAUCAGUUUCUCCCAUGACUCCCAGUACAUGGCCACGGCGGAUAUGUCUUACACUGUGGCCCUUUACCGGGUGGUCGUCAGGCACGGCCGGAGGGUCUGGGAGUACUUAGCCAGGCUCCGCUCUCAUCGCAAAAGCAUCCGGAGCCUCCUGUUCGGGGUGCACUUGGACAGCAACGAGCCCCGGCUGCUGAGCCUCGGGAAGGAUCGGCUUCUGAUCGAGUACAAUCUCCUUAAGACGUGCAGAGACCACCUGGAAGUGCUGGACAUUCACCGGACCGACCAGGGCUGCUACCCGACCUGCAUGCUCUGGUACCCCCCACUCACCAAGGAGCUCUUCCUGCUUGUUUGCAACAGUGGCUACAAAGUGAAGCUCUUCAAUUCCACCACCAAAAUGUGCAGGGCCCUGGAUGCAGGGGUUUCUCUCGGGGGUGAAGGCUUGAUCCCUUUCUAUGGUCUGGUGGCUGGUGGCAAAGAAGGACCAUUCUACAGGGAGCUGGAAGACUAUUUUUACUAUUCUCAGCUCCGCAGUCAGGGCAUCGACACAAUGGAGACCAGAAAGGUGUCAGAACACAUUUGCCUGUCGGAACUUCCUUCUGUCAUGAGAGCCAUCGGCUUUUACCCCUCCGAAGAGAUGAUUGACAAUAUGUUUAAUGAGAUUAAAUUUGGCGAGUACGUAGACACUGGAAAGCUGGUUGAUAAAAUCAACUUACCAGAUUUCCUCAAGGUCUACCUCAACCACCGGCCGCCUUUCGGCAACAGCAUGGGCGGUAUCCAGCACAGCUUUGACGUCCUGGGUUAUAGCAACUCCGAGGGAAAGAAGGCUAUUCAGCGAGAAGAUCUCCUGAGGCUGCUUCUAACUAAAGGGGAACACAUGACGCAGGAGGAGAUGGUGGAUUGCUUUGCCACGCUGCUUGGCAUGAACCCAGAAGGCUGGAAAUCCGAGCCUGCAACCUCCUCCUUCACAGGUCCAGAAAUUUCCCUUGAAGAACAACUUCCAGACGAAAUCACGGCAGAAAUAUUCGCAACUGACAUUCUUGGCUUAACCAUUUCAGAAGAUUCCAGACAAGAUCAUAUGGUCAGUGAAGUGUAA